AUGCCUUCGGGAACCCAGUCGUCGCUGAAGGGCCCGGUCAUGGCAACGCCAAUUCACUCUUCAUCGACACUCGCUAUUACGCGUCAGUUCCAGAGCUUUCACCCGACAUCUCCCCCCAGGGGGCUUUACGAAGACCCCAAAUGGGACGCGAUUCCCGAGCCAACCUAUUGGCGUCCACAAGAGAACCUUAUCUAUCGAACACCGAGUUCAGGGUCAAUCACCCCAGUAGAGCACCCCGCUGCCCCGUCUCCACAUGACUCAUCGAUGAAACAGAUCCGCGAGAUGCCGCGCCAUCGCAGGAUCCUCCCCUAG